AUGAAAUCCAAUUCCAUCCCUUUAUUGGACAUUGCAUUGUAUCACAGCAAUCGCUCUGCCUUCGUCGAAGAACUACGAAAAGCAUGUCACAAUGUUGGCUUUUUCUUGCUAAAGCACAACAUGACACCCAACCAACUACCCAAGGAAGUCUUGGACGAAGGACGACAAUUCUUCCAGCGCCCCAUGGACGAAAAGAAAAUGAUAUCUUACGAGCAGAAUCCUGCCUUUCGUGGGUACAUGCCCCUGGGCGUGGAGAAUACGGCAGGACAACUGGAUCAUCGAGAGCAGAUUGAAUACGCGGUCGAAUAUCCAUUGCAUGCUCCAGAAUCAUCUGCUACUAACAAUUUCUACACCAAAGCAUGGCCAGCCUACCAUCGUCUCAAAAGUGCGCCAAAUCCAUGGCCAACUUCGUUCCAACCAUCACUUCAAACUAAAACGAUGGACUACGUUCAAAAUGUUUGUCAGGUUGCCGAUUGUCUACGAGAUUCAUUAUGCUUGGCCAUGGGUUUGGAUCCCAAAGUAUUGCAGCACAAAUUCAAUUCUUCUAGUCUUUCUGACGAAAUCAGCAAUGAUUGCUAUCGUGAAGGUGAGGUACCACAUUGGGCCAUCAAGAUGAUAUCCUAUCCAACAAAUGAUCAUUCCAGCAAGAAUGAAUCAUCCAACGACCGAUCACGGAGUCCAUCUCCCAUCCAGGGUGUAGGAGCCCACACGGAUACCAACUUUUUGACACUUGUAUUACAAGACAACGAAGAAGGAGACGGUGGACUACAAGUGUUUUCGCAGGGAGAAUGGAUCAACGUGCCAACUCAUCAUGGUACAAAUGUGCUCAUUUGCAACUUGGGGGAGCAGGCGGAAACCUGGAGCCGAGGGUACUUUUUGGCAACUCCACACCGAGUGCUGAUGAAGUCUCGGACCCGCAAACCAAGAAUAUCUCUUCCACUAUUUUAUAAUCCCUGCUUGUCGGCGACCAUGGAACCGUUGGAAGAGUCAUCCGUGGAACAUUUGCAGUGGGAUAGACCCAUCAUCGUGCAUUCUACCGAUGAAAACAAUGCGAUUGGGAAUGCACCGAAAAAGCAUUGGCGGCGACCCAACAAUACCAUGCUCACAUCUGUAGGAGAGAAUACAUUCAAGAGUCUAGCCCGGUCCCAUCCACAUGUCUUUGCCAAGCACCACCCCGAUCUUUCUAUUCUACCUGAUGGGAAGAUUGUGAAAAAAUGA